UGUGUAUUUAGUGUUCGUGCUGUGUAGAGGCAUUAAAAUCAAAUUUUCUGUUAUUUUCCGCAGUCGGUACACCGCUUCUUUACUCUGUGUGUUUUUUUUUUCUGUUGGGCUGAACUCUCAAACCGUUCUUCGUCGGCGUUCAGGAUCCUGUACGGUUUUAUACCAGUGGACCAGAGUGUGGGGUGGUUCUACACGGCUCCAGGCUAGUGUGAACAGCAAGGUGAAGUGUGAAGCGAGAGCAGCAGCAGCAGCAGCUGUCAACUGAAACAUUUUGUGGAUAUCAAAAAGUUAUAAUUGCAAGGCAGCUUUAGUAGUGCGCGCCAGCAGCGGACAUCAACUGCGAUUUGGUUUAAUUGAAAAUUCAACUCUAAACAACCAGAAGCCAUGGGUAAAGCACAGAGCAAGCGCUCGGUCGACAUAACCACAGACCCCGCCAAGGAUGGCGUCGUCACAGAGGGCACCGGCAAGCUGGAAAAGAUCGAGGACGUCGAUCAGCUCAAAUCACAGGCCAACGGCGACGCACAGCACAACGAGGGCGAUUCGGAAAAGAAGGUAGAGUCGGACGCGGCAGAGAACGAAAAGGACGCCAGCACAGAGAAAGAAAGCAGCAAAGACGGCGGAGCCGGUGGUGAUGCCGCCGCAGAAUCCGCCUCCUCCCCAAUUGCCGCCAGCUCGCCCGUGGCGGCCGACAAAACCGCAGAAACGACGGUCACGUCCGACUCGGACGCCGGAAACAAAACGCUCGAAAACGGCAGCACCGCCGACGAAACGCUGAACGACAGCAAGGCCGCCGCCGAGGACAGCAAUAAAAAGCCCAAAAAGGUCAAAAAGAAAUGGUCCUUCCGAAGUAUCUCGUUCAGCAAGAAGGACAAACAGAAGCCCGCCAAGAAGGAGAAGGACGGCGAGGAGAAGGUGAACGGCGACUGCGAGAAAGUUCCUGAAGAGCCAACUGAAGAUGCUGCCGCAGCUGCUGCGGCCGCCACGACGAGCGCCGCCGAGCCCAAGACGACCACCGAAGCCGAAGUGACCCCGGUGAAGGCCGAGGAAGUCGCCGCCGCCACCACGGAAGUCGCCGCCGUCGCCUCGCCCGCCCAAGAGACAGCCCCUGCCACCGCGGAAGUGUCCCCGGUGACCGAAACUCCCGCCCCGGUCGCCCCGGUUGCCGUGGCCGAAGUCGUCGAGAAGGUCGAGGAGAAGGUCCCGGAGCCCGCGAAGGAGGAAGUGGUUGCGGCCGCCGCCCCCGUUAAGGAGGAGAAGAAAGAGGAGGUCGUCGCCCCGGUCGCCGUAGUUGAGGUAAACAAACCAGUCGAAGAACCUGCGGUCGCGGCGCAGGUUGUGCCGGAAGUGGCCGCGGAGCCCAAAUCCGAUACCAUUACUAGUACUACUGACACUACUGUUAGCGAUGAGCAAGUGAAACCGGUAACCGUAGUAGAACAGCCGCCACAGCAACAGGGUGGCAACAGUGACGUGCCGACGCCAGCCGUGGAGGAGAAGGAGGUCGCUGCGACCGCCGCCGCUCCUCCCGCUGAACCGUCGGUCGUCGUCGUUGAUAAUGGUGAUAGCACGCCUCCCCCUCCCCUGCCCUCCAUUCCUCCUCCCUCCCAGGUGAUGGUAUUCGCAGAAGCUUCCAUGUCCCAGGCCAGUACCGAACCCGAGCCCGACUCGCUCAACUCGAUCCCGGAGCCGGUUUCGCUGCCGGAAGAAGAGCCCAAGCAGCAGCAGACGGAACAGGUUGUUGUGGUAGAAGAGCAAAAGACACAGGAGCCAGCGCCAGUCGUGGAGGAACCGAUCGUCGAGAAGGUGGAGGAGAAGCCGGCUGAAGCCGUCCCAGCGCCGGUCGUCGAGGAGGUCAAGCCAGUGGAAGCGGUCGUCGAGAAGGUCGAGGAGAAGCCAGUUGAGGCCGUUCCAGCGCCAGUUGAGGAGGAGGUCAAGCCGGUCGUUGAAGAACCAGUCGUAGAGAAGGUUGAGGAGAAGCCAGUUGAGGCCGUCCCAGCGCCAGUUGUGGAGGAGGUCGUCCAGAAGGUGGAAGAGCCGGUCGUCGAGAAGGUUGAGGAGAAGCCUGUUGAAGCUCCAGCGGUCGUCGAGAAGGUUGAGGAGAAACCCGUUGAAGUCGUUCCAGCGCCGGUGGUCGAGGAAGUUAAGCCGGAAGAGGCCGUGGAGAAGGUCGAGGAGAAGCCCGUUGAGGCUGUUGCGCCUCCAGCGCCGGUUGUCGAAGAGGUCAAGCCAGUUGUCGAAGAACCGGUCGUCGAGAAGGUCGAGGAGAAACCAGUUGAGGCCGUCCCAGCGCCAGUCGUUGAAGAGGUCAAGGAAGUUGCGGCCGCUGUUGAGCCGGUGGUUCAGGAGGAAAAGAUUGAACCCCAGGCCAGCGAGCCCAUGCAGGCCGUCCCGUGCACGCCAGAACUGAAGGAAACCGUCACCGAGGUGGUGGACCAGAUCCUGGACAAGGCCGUCGACAAGGUCGAGGAGGUGGCCCAAGUUGAGGCCGUUCCGCUGGCUCCGGUUGCGGAAGAGCCCGCCCCGCUUCCCGCGCCAACCGUUGAAGAAGCCAAGCCCGAACCGAUCCCUGAGCCCGUGUCCGUGUCCAGCGAAGUCAGCACUACAAUCGACGACCUUCCGCCGCCGCCGGCCGUUGACGAGCAGAACCUCUCCGUCGACAUUUCCUCUCCACUUCCACAGAACUCGCUCGAAUCGCUCCCAUCACCGCCCACUCUGUCCCAGAGCGACGCCAUGAGCUUACCUCCCCCGCCCGAGUCCCCCACGGCGACCACCACCGCCGAUCUUCCCGUCACUUCCGAACCUAGCGCGCUUCCCACGCCACCGACGACCCCGGUUGAGACGACGACCCAAGACGACGCACCCACGGUGACCGAAGUGAUUGUCCCGGAACAAAAACCCGCCCAGGAGACGACACCAGCAACGACGACGACGACCACCCCGGCGGCAGAGGCGACGGCGGAGGUCGAAUCGAGCGAGAAGGAACAACAGGCCGUAGAACAGAAAGAGCAGGAAGAGGCGCCGGCGCCACCGCCAGCGCCGGUCCCCGCGGCCGCCGCCGACAUUGUCGUCAAAAAGCAGCUGAACGGAACGGCCCAUGAGAACGGAACCGCCACCGCCACCCCGGCUGAGAACGGCAACGGAGUCGCCCACGAGAACGGAAACGGAAUCGCCCACGACGAGGAGGAAGCCGCCGUUGUCGUCGAGAAUGGCCAGAAGAACGGAGUGCACGAGGACAAGAUUGAGGCCGCCGCCGAGAGCCAGAACGGAGAUGCCGAGCACAAAAAAGAGGAGAAAAUUCCAGAGAAGGCAGCCCAGCUUCAGCAACCUCCGCCAGCAGCAGAAGUAACAGCUGAAUAAAUCUAUUGAUUAUUAUUAUUAUUAAUUAUUAAUUAAUUAAUUAUAAUCGUAACACUAAACAACACACACGCGAGAGAGAAAGAGCGAAAAACAAACAACAACAGGAAGAAUCUAUAAUCACAAGCAAGCAAGCAGAGGAAAAAAACUACAAGAAAGAGGAAGAAGAUUUGAAAACGCAUUGUUGUGAUCGAAAUUAAUAAAAAGAAGCAAAAACUAACCAGCGCAGAACUUGAACGAACACGGAAAGGAGCAUUUACCGCAACAGCAACAACAACAUCAACCCCCUUUCGGAUCCGCGAGCUCACGCUGCAUUUCCCUUUUGGAAAAAGAAGGGGUAAAAAGCAGUGCGUGGGUUCGCGGAAGAGACAGAGAAAGAGAGGGGGGAAACCUUUUUUACAUAUUUUUAAAAACCUUCAAAGUUAUAUUAUAAUUAAUUUUAUAAAAAUAUUUAAAGAAAAAACUUCACACCAACAACACACAAAUACACACACUUUCAAACUAGAAGAAGAAGAGAGUUAGAGCAGGAGAAGGAAGCAUGUAAAAGGACGAAGAUUGCUUGAGAGUUGAAACUUUACUUUUCUUUCGUUUUUUGGUAAGUUGUAAGGCAGAGGCACCACAUGUUUGUUUUAAGUUUAGCGAAAAAAAAAGAAGAGGAAGAAGGAGGAGGAAGUUAAAAUGGAGAGUAAAUCUUGCUGCAAGUUUAUUGAUAAUUAUUACUGAAUGUCCAUAAUUGCAUUGUCCAUUUUUACAAAAUAAAAGCAAAACGAGAGCAAAUAAAAGAUAUGAUUGCAGAAAAGUGGGAGCGAGAAAAUUUCUUUUUCCACUAGGGAGAUUGACACGAAUCUUGGGAUAUUAUUACUGAAAGCGUAGCGGCAUAGAAGCAAAUAAUUUUGAGGGUGGGAAGCAUGGGAAAAGCUAGACGAUGAUCUCUCUCUAUCUCGUUCGCUGAAAGAAAGAAAGCUCCAGAAAGAAACAACACAGUUUGAAGCAAACUUGUUUCGUCUUCUAGCUGUUCCCAGUCUUCGCUUUUUAGUAGGGCGCAACCUUAUAAAUGUAAAAGGAUCACUAUUUAUAGUUUAAUUGAUAAUUGAUAAAUUAUCCUAUAAAGCUAAACUUUUUUCGAAGAAAAAAAAAAUGUAAACAUAAGUGUAAGUUCUUUUCUUUUAUCUUUGUUGUAAAUUCUAUUUCAAAGAAAGGAAAAUUGAUGAAUAAAGGUGGAAACACAUUUUUUUGCUGGUAGUGAAAGAACGUUUCAUAAUUCUAGCCGUAUCGAAACUGCAACUCCAUAUUUAAUCCAAAUUUUUCAUAGGUACAUGUCACGACAAACUAACUGUAGUUUUUAAAACAAAUUUCACCCAUACUAGCAAAAAAAAAAACAACUAACAAUAAAAAAAAACAAAACACAAACCGAAACGACAGCGCAUCCCGACGCGGAGCGAAUCAUCCAAUCAUCCCGUUUUUAAAAGAGCCAUUUUUAAACCGACCGACAUUUUCACACACGCGAUUUACACAACGUCGUCCCACCCAUGCUUUUAAGCGCAGGUGAAAAAACGGACGCCCUUUUUCGAGCAUGAGAAAGCCAUUUUUUCUAGGAAGCAUAUUUAACUCGCGCGAUUGUGCGCAGCGAGCAGAAUCUAAUCCCAGCGAACGAGCGAUAUUCGCCACGCAAAAAAGACUGCCAUCACACACCGAAGGUCUAAUCGAGUUAUAUACAAAAAAGAGAAAGAAAUUUAUCGUAAAUUUGUACCUCCGUUUCGGGAUCAAUGAGCGCGCAAGAAAAAAUACACACACAAAAUUAACACACAGACAGAAAACAAACAGCCACAAAUCUUGAAAAACAAAACAACGCCGUCGUAAUGGGAAUUGUAUAAUGUCGAUAUGUCAAUUUUUAAAUAAAUAUGGAAAUUACACAAAAAGUAUAUAAUUAACUGAUAAAA